GAGUAGAAUAAAAGUUUGAGAUUUCUCUCUCAAAAGACUAAGUGUAGUCUUGGUGCUUCGGCACAGAGCGUUUGAGAUAAUACUCUGGAGACGCUCAUAUCCACUACCACCUAUCCAUAAAAAACUAUACACCAACCAUUAACACCACAAAGAAUUCUCCAACACCAUUUUCAACGAUCAUAAGCAAUCAGCCUCCCUCGCACUACACCAUCAUGGGGACGUUCAGUAGCAAGAAGUUGCAUCAAUCAACCUAAGCAACAAUCAGGUAUGUCGGAUAACCCCAGUAGCAGUAACAGUUACUUUGAUUAUUUAAGUAAAAAUGAGGAAGAAAAUUCUUUUCUAGAUGGAAUAUUAGAUGUCAAAAAAAGUAAGGAACAAACUAAUUUUACCUUAUCAGAAACGCAAAAUUUUAUUACUAAGUCUUUUUUAUCCAAACUAUUUGAUAGAAAAAAUAUAAUUAAAUAUGGAAAAAUGAUAGGAGAAACGACAGUACCAAUAGAACAAACUAAGGGAGAUUUCCUAAUUCAAAUAAUAAAUAGGGAACAAAUUAGGAAAAAAUUAUCCAAGUUACAACAGGAAGAAAGAAAUAAAAUAGCUUAUAUUCACAUUAACACGAUACAAAUCAUUCUAAAAUGUACUAUGAAAACAGGGAUAAGUGCACCUAUAGAACUAGAAAUAAGAGAUGAUCGACUCAUCAAUAGAGAAGAGAGUAUUAUUGCAAAAGGAAAAGGAAAUCUAGGAGUAGGAGUAAUCAAAUUCGAUAUUAAUCUACAACAAGGAAUUAGUUUAACAGAUAGAAAUCUCGAUUCUUCCAUUAUUAUAAAGUAUGAAUUGAAAAGAAAAAAUUUCAUGAAAGAAAAUAGUAAACCUUUUUCGGUAACAUACCAGAUAAACUAUGCACUGAGCAAUAGUCAUCAUAGUCUAGCGUUUAAAGAUAAGGAAGCCAUCACCAUAGAAGAUUUAUUCAAACCAUUAAUUCAAUUAGAAUCCCCUCUAAAAAUAAUAAAAUCAAAUUAUGAUCAUCCAAGAAUAAGUAUAGAUGAGAGAAGUUCUUCCAUGAGACUAACCGAUAAGCAUAAGGAAAUGGAGAAAGAAGAAAAUAAGGAAAUAAAAAACAUAACUAUACUUCAUCAAAAUGAUAAUACUAGUGAAAUAAAAAAGUUACAAGAACUAAUUGUAGAAAUGAGUGAAAAAUUGUAAAGAUGCCUAACACUCAUUACAUAAAUAAAUUGAUAGAAGGAAUAGAUGCAAUAGACCUUACAUCAGUAGGCGACAUAAUACGGUUACGUUAGAAUUAUCUCACUUCAUAUCAGAUAUUGUAGAAGAACAUAUGUCUAUCGGAAAUUCAGAAACAUUAGAGAAAGUCGUAUCUAAAACUGAAUUAAUUACCGAUAUAAUAACUAGUUUAAACAAAAUAAAACAGAAACUAGAAAAUAGAUAAACCAAAAACAACAAAAUGAAAAUUAACCACCUUUAUUUGGGCCAUUCCAUGAAAGAAAAAGAAAUAAUGAGACUUGUUGGAAAAAACAAGAAAAAGAAAGAAUGAUUAGACUCUUUAGUAGACUUUUUGAAAAUAAAAAGACGAUUAAGACUUUUGAAAAUAUAAGACCUUUGAUAUGAAACAAAGAAAUUUAGGAAUUUAGAACCGUAUAAUUUUUGAUAUCAGAGCAAAUCGACCCAAACAUAAAAAUACAAAAACAAAAACUAAAAUGAGAAAAGACAAAAAGUGCAACCCGCUUUAACUCGACGAGUUCACUUUGGCACCUAUAGUGAGUCCGCCAAAUUAAUUUUGGUUUCCCGGGCCUUUUUUUCGUACACCCACAAAAGAAUGGGUUUGAACUUUGAACCCUUAAAAAACCCAAUUGGUAUUUGGUAAAGUUAAAAGGAAGGAAAGUCUGCCUUUUCAUAUACGAAUUACGAAGUGGUUUCUUUAUGUUUCUCCCUUUGAUGAAAAAGCUCACCCUUUCCAUUUACUCUCUCUAGAGCAUUAUACGCCGCUCUCUGGAGAAUGACCGAUUCCGACGGAACCGCCACCGCUCUACAGCGGACGAUCCAUAAACACCCCACCGCCGAAGCAAUCGGAAUAAAAGAUGAUGGUGCCACCAGCCUCAACACCACCCAGAAUCAGCAAUCUCAGCAUUUGGCCCCCUUGCCCACUCCCUCUGUCCUCUCCAAACGCUACGGCACGAUUUCGACCGAGGAGGCUGCUGACGUGGUUGGCUGCAUCGAGGAGGAAGCUUUGGUUGCUCCAGCCACUCCACUUCGCCCGAGGAUGAAGGGUUCAAAAUCCUCCACAGCUUGAACUUGUUAGGAACUUUUAACUUCAUGUGGUAUGGGAUACUGUUAUGCGUAACUUUGCCUUCAAGAUUGAGAUCUAGGGUGCAUGUGGCAGAUCUGAAAGUUUGAGAGUUAGGGUAAAUUGCUACUUCAAUUUGAUUCUUCUUCGAAUUUUCUUUCAGCCUGUAGAAGUGAUUCUCGGCUGGCUUGUGAGAAAGAUGAGAUUAAUCAUUCAACAAUAUCAUCCCAAAAGGUAAUCUUUGGUUUCGUAGUGUUAUUAUCUCCAUUUUAGAAAUUGUGAUUUUAGUUCAAGGGCAAUUGAGAUUUGUUUGUGAUAUUAGACCAUUGUCCUAUUUUGAAUGCUAAUCGAUCAAUAAUUAGACAUAAUGGGGAAGGGCAUAUGGUGGCUCAGAGGAUACGUUGUCUCCUGUUUGUUGCUGCUGUUGUGCUCUGUAUGGCAUCCAGUUUUGCAUUUUUUUUGGCUUUCAGAGGAUGCAGGUUGGUGCUGUCUACUUUAUGUUUUGAUGUUGGUCUGUUUGUGGUGGUUGUUCAAGUUUCUUCGCUGCUUGUUGGUGGUGGUAAAUGGACAACUAGCUGUUGCUCUGCUGCUUUUUUUUUUUUGUCUGUUUAUGGUGGUUGUUCAAGUUGGGCUUUGCUAGGUGUUUGCGUUUAGCAAAGAGUAUAUUAUUGGUGGUGUUGCUACUGUGAAUUAUGGGUGAAUGGUUUCUUCUUAUCAACUUCUGUAAGUUGGAAACUCUUGGUGUAUGAUUAACAUAAAUGUAUUGAGUAACAUGACUUUGUUUCCAUUGCACAGGGACUUAGAAGGACAUUAACAAAUGUCUUCGUAUAAUUAGGGGUCCUCUACAAUGCAGUUAUUCCUUGAAUAAAAUUUUUACCCAUUUCUAAAUCAUUUGACAGUUCUUGAAGCUUUUAGUAGGUAAACUGUGAGUGAAAUUUGUUUAUAUGCUCAACAAUUUGCCCAUGCUUUCAUUGGUUUUAUCUUCCCAUAGCUUUACUUUUGUCCUUAAUACAUCUCUAGCAUCGUUAUUUACAAGUUAUUGAAUAACAUCACUCUAUUCUAAUUUCUCCAGCAAGGACUUGGAACGACAUAGUCAAGACCAAACGGGUCAAAGAAGAGUGUUUCAUGAAGUUGAAGAAAGGAUAUGAUUGUUGUGGCCACUAAGAAAGCUAAUAAGUAUAUCUCGGAAGAAUUCCCAGAAUACAGUAAAAAUUAAACA